CUCUCCUCGCGGAGUCCCUGACCACUCUGCUCUCAGAUCUCUCUCUCCCUCUGCCUCCCCCUUCCUUCUCGAAGCCAUACAAAUCUCCGAUCCCUUUUCGAUUCUCUCAGCGCCAAGAUCCGGUUAUUCUUCUCGAGAUUUGUGGUAGAAGCGAUGGUUGUUUGCAAAUGUCGCAAGGCGACUAGGCUUUAUUGCUUUGUUCACAAGGUACCUGUCUGCGGGGAAUGCAUCUGUUUUACAGAACACCAAAUCUGCGUGGUCAAACAAUACUCUGAUUGGGUAGUUGAUGGAGAGUAUGAUUGGCCUCCUACAUGCUCCUCCUGUAAUGCUGCGCUCGAAGCUGGAAAUGAUCAGACUACUCGACUGGGUUGCUUGCAUCUUGUGCACACAAAUUGUUUGGUGUCGCAUAUUCAAAGCUAUCCACCACAAACUGCUCCAGCAGGAUAUAUUUGUCCUGCAUGUUCUUCACCUAUAUGGCCUCCUAUAAGCAUUAAAGAUACAGGAUCUCACCUCCAUUCAAAACUCAAGGAAGCAAUAGUCCAGAGUGGCUUGGAGAAAAAUGUAUUUGGAAAUCACCUUGUUUCAUUGCCUGCAGUGGAGAGCCGUGUUCCUCCUCCUGCUUUUGCUUCGGAUCCACUUAUGCAUGUAUCUGGUGUUGAAGAUAGCGAUAAAAGUCGUGCAGAUUCAUUUACCAAAGAAGCAAAAUACUCAGAUGAAGUAUACUCCGCUGCUGGAACAGGUUCUACUAAACUUUCAGAACCGGAGAUUGUUGAAAUAGAUGGUCCUAGUUCGUUAGGAAACCAAUUUAAGCCAGACCAAGAGCCCAACUUCAUCAAAAGUGUGAGCCCCAAGGGUCCCGGUGCUACCACAAGGAAGGGCACUUACCAUGUUGACAGACAAAAUUCAGAAAUAUCAUAUUAUGCUGAUGAUGAAGAUGGAACACAUAAAAAGUACACGAAAAGAGGUCCUUUCCGUCAUAAGUUUCUGAGAAUGUUGCUACCUUUCUGGUCUAAUGCAUUGCCAACUCUACCAGUGACUGCACCACCACGUAAAGAUCUAGUUAAUACAAAUGAUGUUCCAGAAGGACGUCUGCGGCAUCAAAGAUCAUCAAAGAUGGAUCCCAGGAAAAUCUUACUCAUCAUGGCGAUCAUGGCAUGUUUGGCAACAAUGGGCAUUCUGUACUAUCGAUUGGCACAGCGCAGUCUUGGUGAAGAAGUGCCAGAAGAUGAACCUCAGUAGGUACUGUUUAGCCUUUUCUCAUGCUAGGGUUGUGUGGGAUUGUUUCAUAAACUUUUUGGUUUCUGGGCCUUCAUUCCAGGCCAUUUCCCUCCUGUGAAUUUCUUAAGGCGUAGCAAACAUACCGCCACCUACCUACUCCUUAUAGAGUGGUUAAAUGUUGUUUACCUGAUGUUCAAAGAACUUUUGCUUACCAAAUCAUUAUCUACUCAUUUUAGUCAUUCCCCUCCCUUAGAAGCCAUGUACAAUAACCACUUUUGGAUUGAAGGAUGCAAGUUGUAAUCUGCUGAUAGCCCGAUCUAUUGUGCUCAUAGGUUGGUUUAUAUUAUGUCUUCCUUUGCCAUGAUUGCCAUAAUAAGAUGCAGUGAAUGCUA